UUGGUCAACAGAAUGAAAAAGUAGAGAGUGAUCUGCAAAUAGAAAUAAAUAAGACGCUCUCUUUCUCUAUUUUUUCUCUUUUUCUUUACCCCACAAUCAACGGUUCAAACUCAACGUCUCUCUCUCACUACACCAUACUGUUAUAUUCGUCUAUAACAAUUCUAAGUUUUCUAAGUUCUGUUGCACUUUUCCGAGACUCUGUUUCCUUAUUCUUCUCACAUCAACCAAAACAAACCUCAACGACGACAAGCCUUCUUCCAUUUUUAGCCACACCCCUCUCAACCAAAAGACACGUUCCUAGGUACCAGGAAACAAACAUUAUCAGCCAACGUUAUUUUUUGUUUUUUUUAUUUCUCUACUUUCGUUACGAAAGAGCUCUAACUAUAGGCAAAGAAAACGGGAAUGAGGUUAAGAUGAUUUGGAGCAUUAAUAAGCCAUAAAAGCCUCCCUAUUUUCCGUUCCACAACUCGUUUCUCCUUCGUAUUCUCCCUCCUUCACUCCCUCCUCUGUUUCACUCUCCCCUGUUUUCUUUUAUUUUCUGUCUUUUUCUGUGUUUCGGCAAAACGAGAAGAGACUUGUAAGGUUGCAAUGUCUCCAAUAUCUCCACCCGUUUCCCUCAAAUGGGUUACCUUGUUUCAACGUUCACACGCUCCUUCGUAAAGGUUUCCACAAACCAAGACAAAACAACAACGGACACAUGGCAUCUUCCGAGGUUGAGAUUGCUUCUUCCUCGCCCUUCGGUUCCGUUCUUAGAGACCGCAACCACCGCGAAGAAUGCAGGGAAAGCAACGCCAAGGGCACGCAUAAUCAUCAUGCCAAGUUACAAAGAAACAACAAGAACUUUGUCACGGACAUUAACACGUGCCGGGGGGUGUCUUCUGAUUCCGCAACAAACGAAAACAACAGCGGCGGCAGCACGAACAAAGGCGUUAACCAGCGUAAGGCUCCCAAAAACAGUCGCUUGGAGAAACUUCGUUUCACACGAGCCAACUCCUUCAAUGACAACGGCAGCAGCAACAACAACAACAAAAAGGAGACCUCUUUGUCCAUGUUGAUCAGCCCCAGACACUCACAGCUUCUCGAUCGAUGGGCAGCGAGACAGGCUCGGGAGAUGGUGUCGAAUUUGGAAAAUGGGGCUGAACUGUUGUCAAUGGAUGACGUUGACAUUUUCCCAAGGACACCCAGUUCGACAUCUGAGGAAGAAUCGUGCUCCUUGGAGAUCCCUAAUAUGGCUGCCUCUUCUCUUGUUCAGAUAUGGGAGAAGAGACUGAAACAAUCGGGUGUCUCCAAAACGAACACAUCGUCUGAGAAGAUUGGUUCGUCCUCUUCUCCCACGAAUGAGAAUGCUAAUGCUUCAUUCCCCGAGGAAGAAUGCUUUGAUGGACCCUCAGGGAAUGAAGAAAGUUCCUUUCAGUCCUCACUUCCUGAGUGGGAAUCGAGUGACCAUUCCAUUUCGCCACAAGCCAGGUCUGAGAGUGGUGUCAGUGUUGCUAGCAUCAUAAAGAAACUCACUUCUACCAGCCAGAAUCAGAGUCCAACAGCUUCCUUUGUUGAUGAGAAUGACCAAGAAGGGUAUUUUAGUAGUAGUGUGACAGGUUCUCCUUGUAGAGAGCGUGAAUGUGGUCAACAACAACCACCUUCGGAGCAUAAAUUGGUGUGUCCCCUGCGAAUUAGAGGGCGUCAGGCAUUCAAUGAUUUGCUUAUGCAGAUGGAGAAUGACAGGCUCAGGGAGCUCAACAACUUGUCAGAGCGUGGAACCGUGUCUAAGUUCGCACAAAGAGGUCGCAUUCAGGCAUUGCUUCGGAUUAAAUUAUUGCAACGUGAUCUGGUGGCUAAUGAUCGCUCCCGGCAGAAUUCAACAUCAUGUGAAGUAAACAACAGACAUUCACAAGGGUCUGCAAUUAUGCAAUUAAGGGAAAGAUUUUGCAGUGGGGUUGAACCUAGAAUUCCGGUCCAUGCAGAAGUAGCUAACCCAAGAAGUCCUCAAAGAGAGGCAGUUAACAAAACCACUCAAUUGGGUAACUCUGCCACCACUAAUCAAGUCAGAAAAGACACAAGAAACCAGACAGCUCAUGGUAGUGCAAAUCAUGCCACAAAAUCCCCGCAAAAGUCUGUUUCACAUACUAGAAUAGAUCAUAAUACAGAAGAAGCUCCUCCAAGUUCAGAUGUCAUGAUCCAAGAAACAAAUCCACGUUCAGAUGCCAAGGCUCAACACAAUGACUCAAAAGAAACUAGUGAGGCAACGACGUCCAUGACUGAUUCAGGUCUAAAAGAGAUGACAGACAGGGCAGAAGCGAGUAGCGAACAGAAUGCUAAUACUAAAAGUAGUAAUGAUGAGACAGUAAAUGAAGAAGAUAUUAGUAACGAGCAGUAUGCUGAAUCCAGUUACCAGGAGACAGUAGAAGAGGCAAGUAAUCAGAAUUAUGCUGAAAGCAGUUAUGGUGAUGAGAUGGAGGGAGAGGAAACUGACCAGAAUUGUGACUAUGAAACUAAUUAUAACUGGAUCAGUGAAAUUUCUAGGCCUAAGAGCUAUUGGGAAGAGCGCAGGCAAGCCUGGUAUAGAGAGAUGCUUGAAACUGGUUCUCAGAAUGAGGAUAUAAGGAGGCUUCUUGAAAGAAGAACAGUGUCAAGUUUCCUUUCUAGUGACUUUCGGGAUAGAAUGGAUAGAUUGAUGGAAUCUCAUAGGGGAACUCAAGCACAUUUAGUCAAUAGCCAGGACUAUGAGGAAAACAGCCAAGAAUUGAUGGCAUUUUUACAAGAACGCUUGCAUUCUGCAAGAGCUUCUCAAGAUGGAAGAGAUGCAAUUGAGGAAGAAGAGGAGGAUAAUGCAGAUGAGCAUGAGCAUGAGGAUGAGAGCUUGAUAAGCGAUCCAUAUCAUGAAGCCGGUGGUUAUUCUAAUCGUUCCUCGUCAUGCAGUUGCAGGGACAAUGAAGCCGGUGACGAUUUUGAUAGAGUUGUUUCACCAUCCCGACAACCUUAUCAAUCUCAAUCUUUCUAUCAGGACAGUCGGCAAUCUGCAUCUCCAUCCACCAACCAUCAUUCAAUGGAAAUGGAACUCAUAUAUGAUUUGAGAGGGCACAUGGAGCAACUCUAUCACGAGAUGUCUGACCUGAAGAAAAUCAUAAAGGGCUGCAUGAAUAUGCAGAUGGAAUUACAACAAACCAUGAAAGUAGAGAUUAACUCAGUUGAAAAAGAAAAAAAGAAAUCCCGUAACAGGACUCCAAAAAAGAAAGGCAACUGCUGCAUUUGCUAUGAGGUGAAAGUUGACUCUGUUUUGUACAGGUGUGGACACAUGUGUGCGUGUCUCAAGUGUGCCAUCGAGCUGCAAUGUAACAGUGGAAAAUGUCCCAUAUGUCGGGCUAAAAUAGUGGAUGUUGUUCGAGUAUAUAUUGACGGUUAGGUGUCACAUUCGACAGAAUCUCAUCACUCCAUACGACUAUCCUUAGCAAGCUGCUACAAUUAACAUCACAAACCAUACACGAGUUUCUCCUUUUUUACAUGUACUUUCGUCAAGGGAGUGUAUGAUUUUUUUGCGGAGAAACAACAUCACUGUACAUUAUUUCAUAGUUUUAAAUUUAACCCUUUUUUUUCUUGUU